AUGCAGGCACCGCUAAGCUUUCUGAUAAGAAUCUUUCCUUUAUUUUUCUUCCUCAACACGGGCUGUGUUUCAACAACAAUCUCGGGAGGACUGGAGGACAACGUAGGAACCGGACCAAAUUCAACAUUCUGCCUUUGUCGAAUGGACGACGAGAAAGUUGGAUUGCAAAUUUCCGCCCGAUUAGAAAAUUGUACGGAGCUGAAAGCUGUCGGUGACGAUUUCAGAUGGUACUUGAAAUUGAAAUGCAACCAAUGUGGGGAUCAAACUUACGAAUUUGUCUACGUGGAUCUCCUGGAAAGUCAGCCAUUAAAAGGUGGCCGAGGGUCAGCCUCAUUGGUCAUCAAGUGCAAGUUCUGCUCUAAUGAAAACUCAUUAAAUUUACUUAAGGAGUCCUUAGACUCGUAUACAUAUGAUGACUGCCCAAAGUACAAAACCAUAGUUGUUUUUGAAUGUCGGGGGGUCCAGCCCAUCUUUUUUGAUCCCAGGGUCGGUUGGGAGGUCAAAGGUCUUGAAAGUGGAACCAAAUUCUCUGACGUCGACCUAUCUCAAGAUUGGGCAGAUUAUGAUGAGAAGGCCAAAGAUACGGUGGGGGUGUAUGAACUGAAAUACCAAUUUAUAAGAAUGUAG